AGAUGUUGUCGUCCAAGUUAUUUUGCUUUGCACUGGUCAGCUUGGUCUUUGGCCACAUUUACCUGGCGGCCAGCGAGGAAACCAUUGCCGUUUGUCCCCCCGACUUUGUGCAGGUGGCUGGCAAGUGCCUCUUCGUGGAUAUUUUUAAUAAGAGAUUCUAUGACGCGGAUCGUCACUGUCAAUCCCUUAACGCCGGACUUCUGAGCAUUAAAAAUAAAAGGGAGUUCGAUGCCAUCAACGAAUGGCUGUCAACUGUUACACCCCAGUCGAAGGAGUUUUGGACAUCCGGCAAUAAGCUAGGCGGAACUGAAAAUUACUACUGGCAGAGCACCGGGAUGAAGGCUAUCUACAUUCCCUGGAAUGUCGGCCAACCCAUUGCCACCGCCGGCGAUUGCCUCGCACUGGCUAACGUCACCACGACUGCCGAAGCGACCACCACGGGCGUGUACCGCCUGUCCGUGAAGCCCUGUACCAGUUGGGCACCCCUCAUCUGCCAGGCUCCUCUUCAAAUUUUCAAGACCCAGCUUUGCCUCAAUACUACUGCUUUCUUCGAGGCCAAGGUACCCGCCUAGGUCAAGUGAAGGGGCUUCUCCUUAUUAGCAAUAAUUGUUUGUUUUCCUAAAUGAUUAAUAAUUUGUAUAUAAUUUCAAAAUUAAUAAGUUCAAAUAAAAAUUUCAAAAUUUGCAAAUAUAAUAUAACUUUGGAUAACCUCUAGUC